UGGCAACCGAGGUAAGUUCCUUUGUCGCAUGCAUCGGCGUUGUCGGGUACAGCAUGAAGCCAUUUUAUAAUCAAAGCGACUGGCGAUCGCCAAAGUUUCUUCGACGUUCAUCUUUGCGUGUCUCUCCCUCAGCAUCUUAGAAAUUCAGGACGGAGAAUCUCAUCUGUCGAGCUCAAAAGCCUACCUCAUCCGGACUUUGAAAUACGACAAGACUUCACCGUUGUAGUGUUAGCGUUGACGACACGCAUGGCUCCGACCUACAAGUCCGUCGUCCUUGCGAAACGGCCUAAAGACAAUAUCGUUUGCGGUGAGACUUUCAAAGUAGUCUCCGACAAUCCGGCUCCGUCGCCCACGGAUCUGAAAGAUGGAGAGGUCCUCUUCGAGCCCAACUACCUUAGCGUCGACCCUGCUAUGCGAGGAUGGUUAAACAAUACGAGAUCGUACAUACCACCGGUCCAAAUUGGUGAGGUCAUGAGAGGCUACGCCGUGGGAACGGUGAAAGCUAGUAAGGAUCCAAACUUUCCUCCGGGAAGCUACGCGGUAGGCUCGGUUGGCUGGACGGAAUUGAAGGUCUGCAAAGGUCGUGAGCUGGAGAAGGUCCAAUUGCCGAAGGGUGGGAGAUUAACGGAUACUCUGAGUGUGCUUGGAAUGACCGGCUUGACGGCGUAUUUCGGCAUCACCGACGUAGGCAAAGUCAAAGCUGGAGAUUUCGUCGUCGUUUCUGGCGCUGCAGGGGCUACGGGCAGCGUCGUGGGGCAGAUAGCCAAGUUGAAAGGCGCUACUGUUCUGGGCAUUGCCGGGAGCGACGACAAAUGCCGGUGGUUGAAAGAGGAACUUGGGUUUGAUGAGGCACUGAACUACAAGGACAAAGAAUUUGAGAAGAGGUUCAGGGCCGCUACGAAGAAUUUGAUUGACGUUUACUUCGAUAAUGUUGGUGGUGACAUUCUCGACAAGGCUCUGAGUAGGGCCAAACCACAUGCGAGAUUUGUCAUGUGCGGUGGCAUCAGCCAAUAUAACACGUCCAAUCCACAGGGACCAAAGAACUAUUUGAUGAUAGUCUCCAUGAGGAUUCGCAUGCAAGGUUUCAUCGUGUUCGACUAUGAGAAAGAAUACCCUCGAGCUCUUCGGGACCUCGCCCAAUGGCUUUCCGAGGGUAAGAUCAAGCGGAAGGAGACAAUUGUCAAGGGCGGCCUAGUAAAGGCUGAGGAGGCUUUGAGGGAUUUGUACAAUGGUGUCAAUACUGGCAAGUUGAUGGUCGAGGUCAAACCGGUCAAUGAGACGAUCAAAGCAUCUCUGUAAAAUACGGUCGCCCUCGGAACCUUGUGAACGAAGUCUCCCGGCACUCACGAGUUCUGUACAGGAGUCUGCCAUUACCUGGACGCGGCGAGAACCUUUUGCUUGUAAAUUUGGACCAAAAAUUGCGAUGGUUAAAGCGCGUGUUGAAUUUCGCUCCUUCAACAGCACCUAGGCUGCAGUGGAAAGUCGCGUAUCAGCAAAGGGACUUGCGAAGGUCCCUUCAUCCCAUCAAUUGGCGUCGGAGUACUUCUUGCUAUCG